AGGUCAAAAUGGCGGCUCACUGCAUGUGAAGGAGACCAAGAAAGAAGCCGGCUUUUUUCAUCAAAGAACAUGUACAAAACGCAAUGUAGUCGUCUAACAGGUUUGUUCGGUGUGAGCAUUAAGCAGAAACUGGUGGGAUGUGGUCCCCGAUGCAAGCAGAUGGCCCGUGGCCUCUUUCUGCUACAAGGGAGAGAUCCGACACACUGGAUUACCUAUCAGCACCUCAACUUCCUCAAACGCCAGUAUGUGUCAAAGAAUCUGGGUGAGCUUCACCAGCGCGCCGUUCCCAAGCAGGCGGCAGUGGUCGCCGACGUGGACGAGAGCGACGGCGAUGAGAGGCAGGUCCAAAGAAUACCGACCGUCGAUCCUGUGGCGGGGGAAGUAUCCACCUCGGUAGUGGUGCAGGAAACACCCAACACUGUGACUGUGUCGGACGAGACGCCGCAUGUACAGGUGGAGACGGAGGAGGCCCGCGAGGCGCGUCUGGACCGACAGUGGAAGCAGCUGAAGGUGGAAGCGGCUGACCUUCCCGACGUCUACGCCCGACUCGCCAAAAUCAAACUCACGGCGCUCGUGGUCACGACGGCGGCGGCCGGUUAUGCUAUGGCGCCGGUGCCCUUUGAUCCUGCCAUCUUCUUGGGGGUGUGUCUGGGUACGGGACUCGCCUCCAGUGCCGCCAAUUCCAUUAACCAGUACUUUGAGGUGCCUUUUGACUCCAAUAUGAACAGAACUAAGAACCGUCCACUCGUCCGAGGACAGAUCAGCCCCCUCCACGCUGUCGCCUUUGCGGUGGCGUGCGGUGUACCCGGUGUGCUGCUGCUGACGUACGCCGUCAACCCGCUGACGGGCUUCCUGGGCGCCCUCAACAUCUUGCUGUACACGUGUUGCUACACGCCGCUUAAGAGGCUCACCAUCGCCAACACGUGGGCGGGUGCUGUGGUGGGCGCCAUACCACCUGUCAUGGGCUGGACAGCCGCCACAGGCUGCGUGGACCCAGGUGCUCUGCUGUUGGGCGGCUUCCUGUACAGCUGGCAGUUCCCGCACUUCAAUGCCCUCAGCUGGAACCUGAGAGAGGACUACUCGCGCGGCGGCUACCGCAUGAUGUCGGUCACGCACCCGGCAAUGUGCCGGCGCGUGGCCCUGCGGCACAGCAUGGCACUGGGUGGCCUUGCGACAGCCGCGCCCGUGCUGGGUGUCACCACGUGGACCUUCCCCCUUGCGUCGCUGCCCAUUAACGCAUACAUUACCCUGCUGGCCUUCCAAUUCUACCGGAGGGGUGACCGCACCAGCGCCCGCAAGCUUUUCUUCUGCAGCCUGUGGCACCUUCCCAUGCUGUUGCUGCUUGCGCUCACGUGCAAGAAGCCUCGCGACGACGACGACGACGCUAGCACGAGCUAACACAAUUGUGUGGGUUGGACACAUCGUUUUUACACAAAACAAUUUUCAUGGCCCCGGUGUCUGCAUUGUAAAUAUGUAUUUAUUUAUAAGAGGGCCCAGCACUACCUCUUUUGUAAGGCAAGGGUGUCAAACUCAUGGCAGCCCACAUCAAAGGUAGGCCAUCUUGAAACCUUUAUAAACUGUACAGGAAAUGUUUAAAUAACAUUUAAUCAUGAUUAGCACAGGAAUUUAAUCAGUCUAAUAUGAUGUAAAUAAAAAAUAA